UACGUAGAAUUAUUUGCGGCAGUUACAAGCAAUAUUAAAAGGACUCCAUUCACGAGACGAUUAAUAUUUCAAUAUUCUGUUUGUAAAUGGAAUUACCAAUGAAAGAGGAAAAAAGCUUUAUAGGAAUGACGAUGAGAGAAAAAAAAAAUAGCGAGUAGGUAUAUAAAAGAUAUUUUGCACGCUACAAAUCACAGCUGCUGUUCUGAAAAUCAUCGGUCCGAUCAUGCGUUCUUACGGUCUUGGUGAAACUAACAGUGUCAUGAAUUUUCUCUCCGGUAAUUUUUUCCCCAUGAAAUUGAACGGUGACAUUAAUCCGGUUUUGAAAUAUAUUUCCAUGUGUUUCUCAUGGAUUAUCAUGAUAAUCUAUACCACCUCGAGUAUCGUCGCGGUUAUUUUACUACCGCGUAAAAUCGUGAUGCAAAGUAACACCGUAGCAUUAACGGUGGACAUCGAAGCGAUUUUGAUCGUGGUCUAUAUAAAUAUAAGACUGUCAUUUCUGAAACGUUUGGUAAAUAAAAUGCAGGAAAUUCUAAUCGAAAAUUAUAAAAUGGAAGACGCUAUUUCGCGUACUUUAGAUCCGAUAAGUAAACCCAUUAAUAUUUAUUUAGUGUGCAGUACAGUUUCCGUAAUUGUUUGGUCCGGUAAAUCUAUUCUGAAAUUAUUUAAUCAGGAGCGAUUCACCUACACAGAUUUUGUCGUACCGGGCUACUACCCGUUCGAACCUUUCACGAAAACUUCGUUCGCCCUUUACACCGUAAUUUCCGCAAUGGGUGGCUUUUAUACGGUCGUUAAAAAAUCCGCUAUCGAUGUCUACGUUAUUUACAUUAUUGCCAUACUGACUUCUCACUACAAAUAUUUGAAAGAUGAUCUGGCUGACAUAUUGGAUAUCACCGAAACCAAAGGUGGAGAAAAUCCGACGAAUCACGAACAGGAAAAAAUGGUUAAAAAACGACUAGUCGUGUGGAUACGACAACAUCAAGCUGUCCAGGAGGUCGGUCGGAUGUUCAGAAACCUUGUUUCCCUCAACGUACUUUUGACCUACGUGAAUUGCAGUUUUCGAUUCUGUUUUUUGGGAUACAUGAUAAUCAAGAUGCAAUUAGAGUUUUUUGAAAAAUUGCUCCUCAUGAUGUACACCGGAGGAGUGUUGAUUCAGCUGUACUUACUCUGCUACUGCGUCCAGGAGUUAUUAGACGCGAGCUGCUCGGUUACUUCCAAAGCAUUCCGCGGACAGUGGUACACGCAUGGUACGUCGACUAAAAAAAUCUUCAGCAUCAUCAUCAUGGCGGAUAAUAUUGAAAAAAGAUUUUCCGCAUUCGGAACGUUCGACUUGUCAUUGUCAACGAUCACGCAGGUUAUCAACAACGGUUACUCCGCCUGUUUGUUUCUACUGAAUGUAGAAUAGCGAAAGAAUUAAUGAUGUUUCAAUUGAAAUUUUAGCAAUAAAAUAGAUCCGAUACACCCAACUGUAUGUAGACAUCAUCAGAUGUGAUUAGAGUAACAUGUAAGGGAGAUAGAAUGACAGAAAAAGAUAACGUUUCGUUUCGUCUCCGUCAGAAUUUUCCGUUAGCACAAUCUCGAUAGAAAUAUUUCCGAAAUCUUUUGCGAAUAAAGACCGUGCACGGUAGAAUCACCCUGAAUGGAAAAAGUUAAAGAUUUGUAUAUAUCAAAGUACAGUCGCGGCGAUACAGGUAUAAUAAGCGGGCACGAUGAAGUAUCACGACUUGGUUACUAUUACGUAAAAUUCAACGUUUCCGAUAUACCUGUAUCGGAGUAUCUCGAGCUGAACCUCGACGAGUUUUCUCGGGUUCCAAAGGAAAUGAAGAACUGAACGUGGGGGAAGUUUCCCUCACAAAGAUAAAAUUGCUUUCUUCAGCUCUCUCUGUUUCUCUACGUUACAACACGUUAUGAGUAUACAUAUACGCGCGGACCUACUCCAAAUAUAUCUUUCGUUAUAAUCGUUAAACCUCAUCCCCCCAAGAAACUUUUCUUCAAAUAUUUUACUACCACAGAACUUUCGGAGUUUAACCUUAACCGACCAGUAUCUCUGUAUGAUCGGAAGCUCCGAAUAAGACGACCGUGUUCAACUUGAAAAGCGAUUAUCCUGUUUGCUAAAUAGGUCAAAUAAUUUCCGAAUCCAUCGAUAUAAUGGUUGUCCGAUAAAUUAUACCGGUAAUAUUUUAGCAUCAAUUUUUUGAUGGAAAUGAUUGUUUGUCACAAUUAUCAUCAAUUCCAAUUACCUUUAUUAUCGGGUAUGAUUAUUCUCGUCAGCGAAGUUACUUACACCAAAUUAUACGACACGAUUAUCGAAAUGAAGAAUUAAUUGAUUUUCAUAUGUGAUACAUACUUUUUUUUUUUUAAUAAUUAUUUCUCUUCUUUUCUUCGUUCCAGAAGUUUUACCUCAUUUACUGCACAUUUAUAACAUUAACGUACACGAAAAUUAUAAAUACACAUUUCAAUGAUUCAAUUACUAAAAAUUGUUUUCAUUUUUUUUUUUUUUCGUCA